AUGGAGCUCCAGUGUUACCUCAACACAUUUAAAGGAUAUUUGGAGUGUGACGAAGAAGGGAUGAAUAUCAGUGUGACCAGCGUUUCAUUUCUCUCAGACGGCGUAGAGGAAGUGUUUGCAGCAGCAGGGGAGUCAGUGUCACUCACUUGUAGAAACAUUUCCUCUCUCAGUUCUGGAGGACCCAUACGGUGGGCUGUGAAUAAAACACCAGGCACAUACAAGUUGCCAGCAAGCCACCAAACAGAGGACCUUGAUCUGGACGGAGACUCACCGUUAGUCAUUAGUAAACUGAGUCCUUCUCAUGCUGGAAACUACCAGUGUUCAGAGUCCACUGGUCAGAAAAACGUGCUCAACAGAAUCUGGCUGCACACCCUCGAUGUGACUGAAAAGUCUGUGCCAGGAGAUAAAAAUGUCACAUUUACUUGUGUGCUUACUUGUGCUGAAGAAUGUGACGACUUCAACUUGACCUGGUCUGGAGCAAACCAAGAAGGCCGGCAGGGCAGGCUGAUGAGUGUUAAUAACACCGUGAUGAAGGAGUUAAUUCUCCCAGUUGGGCCAACGAGCUCAGAUGAAAUAACCUGCUCUGUGUACCGAGAAGGUGCACUCACGGUGUCAAAGACUUGGCACCCUGUUAACUCUCUGCAAACACUCGCCUGGUUAGGCCUCCCUCUAGGCCUCCUGAUAACUGUAGGAGGACUCUAUCUGUACAUGAAGAGGAAGCACAACAGGAAUACAGCCAAAGAACCGACAGAUAUUGGAAUGACUCACGUUUAUGAUGUCAUUCAGGAUGAGGAACCAGAAAAUCAGAGACGGUUCGAAAGAGAAGCAGCCACCAAAAUUGAUGGCUUCUAUGAUUUAUUGCAGGCUGUAAACUAGAAUGAAAUAAACAGUGUGCUCUUUGUCUUUAUUUAACUCUAAAAAUACUUUACAAUAAUCAAAUAAUUUAUGUCAUAAAGUAACUCACUUCCAAGGAUGGAUGAAAAAAAAAAAAAUAAUAAUAAUAUUAAAUACAUUUAAACUCCAGCUCUAUAGGACAACUGUAGUAUCUGAUCAAUGUAUUAAUUGUGGCUUUCAGCACGGUCAUCAUAAAUAACCCUGAUGAAAGAAUGCUGUGUUCUUUAAAAAAAAAAAAAAAAAUACUACAAGGGCUGUGUUUUAAAUGCAUAAAAAAAUAGAUAGGUUUAUAGUUUAUCGUUAUUCCAUUUUGCUAUAUUCACUUCUGUGCUACAUUGCAUUGAAAUUUAAUUUCUGAUGCAAAUCCGAAAUGAGAAAUAAAGUCUGUCUAACUCUAAGUCUAAAGUCUAAUUUACCUAAACCAAUGAAUAUCAAGAACCUAACUCUGGAACAGUGGCAUCGUCUUCAAAGUCUUCAAAGAGACAUUAAAGGAAUGUUCACAGAGUUAUUACAUCCCUGUGUCUGUUAGUCAAUGGGAAGGAAGGUAAAUGUUGUUUAGGGUCCAGAACAACAGUUUUGAAUAUGAAUGCAAUAUAUGUGUUUGCAGAAAAAUAGAAAGCCAAAAAUGUAAUUUCACCUAAGUUUUACUGUUUAUAGGGUUCCUACAGACAAA